UUUUCAAACCGUCAACGGUUUAUUUGGGAGGUAAAAAGUUGUGCGUUCUUUUCAUGUGUAAAUAAAAACGUGCUAUUUUUGUGGAAAUUGCUUUAGAAAAAAGGGUCAAUUUUAGUGUUUACUGAUAAGUGUCUUGAUAAACUUGAUUAAACUCAAUAAAGUGUUCAAGAAAAAUUGUUAAAAAAUGAAUGAAACACGAGGAAAUAGGAAGGACAAAAAUCAGAAUAUUCAGGUUUUCGUCCGUGUCAGGCCAAUUAAUAAUAUUGAAAAAACACAAAAAUCAGCGUUAGUCGUUGAUGUUCCUUCAAAUAAAGAUGUAGUAGUGCGAGAGAGACCACAGGAUAAAAUUUCAAAAAAAUUCUCCUUUGACAGAGUUUUUGGACCACAUUCAAAACAGAUUGAUGUUUACAAUGCUGUUGUACAUCCUUUACUCGAUGAAGUAUUGGCAGGAUAUAAUUGCACUGUAUUUGCUUAUGGACAGACAGGUACUGGAAAGACUUUUACGAUGGAAGGCUAUAGCAAUGAUCCUGGUUUGCAGUGGCAAAGUGACACAACAGCUGGUAUAAUUCCUCGUGCAUUAAGUCAUUUAUUUGAUGAAAUUCGAACACUCGACGCUCAAGAAUAUUCAGUACGUGUAAGCUUUUUGGAAUUAUAUAAUGAGGAAUUAUUCGAUCUUUUAUCACCAAAUGAUGAUGCAUCAAAAAUCAGAUUGUAUGAAGAUGCAGCGAAGAAAGGUGCAGUUAUUAUUCAUGGAUUAGAGGAAGUGACAGUACACAAUAAAAGCGAAGUGUAUAAAAUUCUUGAGAAAGGAUCGGAAAAGAGACAAACUGCUGCCACAUUAAUGAACGCUCAAUCGAGUCGAUCUCACACUGUAUUUUCAAUUACUGUGCACAUAAAAGAAAAUACAGUUGAUGGCGAGGAAUUAAUGAAGACGGGAAAAUUGAAUUUAGUGGAUCUUGCGGGAAGUGAAAAUAUCGGAAGAUCUGGCGCAGUUGAACGAAGAGCAAGAGAAGCUGGCAAUAUAAAUCAAUCUUUAUUAACUCUCGGUAGAGUUAUCACUGCUCUUGUUGAACGAGCUCCUCACAUUCCUUAUCGAGAAUCAAAAUUGACUCGUUUAUUGCAAGAAUCAUUGGGAGGACGAACUAAGACGUCAAUUAUUGCAACUGUUUCACCAGCGAGUAUCAAUCUUGACGAGACACUUUCAACAUUAGAUUAUGCUCAUCGUGCAAAGAAUAUCACCAAUCGACCGGAAAUUAAUCAAAAACUAUCUAAAAAAGCAUUACUCAAAGAGUACACAGAGGAAAUUGAGCGUUUGCGACGAGAUUUGGCGGCAACACGUGAACGAAAUGGCGUUUAUAUCGCGCAAGAAAAUUUCAAUGAAAUGCAAACACAAAUCGAAUGUCAAGGAAAGGAGAUUGAGGAUAAAAUUAAUCACAUCAAAGCAGUUGAAGAAGCAAUGCAAACAAAAGAAAAACUCUUUGAUGAGCUACAAUCACAAUACAAAAUGCAAACCGAUGAUCUCUAUCGAACAAAGAACGAUUUAAAUACUACGAAAACUGUUUUAAAGGAAACCAAAUUGGACCGAGAUGUACACAAGCAUCUUGUCAAUAAACAUGCCAGUACGGAAAAAGUUUUAUCAAAACAAGCGCAAACACUGUUGGAAGUUGCGGAAACAGCAACUAAUGACACUCAAAAGCUUCAUGAUAAAAUUAUGCGUAAAACACGUGUUGAAGAAGAAAAUGAGAAUCUUGGUCAACAAUUUCGCAAAAAUAUUUCCAAACGCUUUCAAAGUAUUGAACAAGAUUUAUCAUUUCAUGCCCAACAAUUGGUGCAAUCUCAUUUAUCAAUGAAGGAUCAAAUUGGUGUACAAACAGCCGCCUAUAAUCGUGGCAUCGAUAAAACAAUUCAUCAUAUUUCGAAAGAAUUAACGCAACAAGAGGGUAACAUUAAUCGCAAAUUAACGGAAGAUGUAAAUGAAUCUUACGAUUAUUAUUACAAUUGGAUAAUGUUACAACUUCAAAAUACAUCGUUAAUGUCGGACAAAGAAUGUGAUCGACUACAUCAAAUUUCUACAAAAUUAGCAUCGGGAUUAAAUGAACUUGUGAAUAAUAAAAUAGCCGAGAAUUUACGUUCAUUGAAUAAUGAAAUCUCGUCUAAAUUACAAAAUUACAAUACAUUCAUGAAAGAAUCAUUGAGCCAAGUUUCAAAUGAACUUGUUAAUGAACAUGAUCGUCUUACAAAUGAAAUAGAGAAUUUAAAAACAAUAAAUCAAUCUUGUAGGGAAAAUCAAAACAAUAUUCAACAAAAUAGAAAAACAUUUGAGAAGAUUUUCGAAGAUGCGUGGCUUCAAUAUCAAACUAUCAAAAAAAGCGAUGAAGAAAAUCAAAUUGCAACUUUCCACUCGUUGCAAGAAAUAAAUGACAAAUAUGAUUCUCUCAGCAAUCACAACGCAUGCAAGCGUAAAAAUAAUAUCGAACGAGAUAAUAUUUUCAUCAAUAAAACUAGCAAUGAUAUUGAAAGUAUUCAAACAUCAUUGACAGCUGGUUUGAAAAAUAAUUGGAACAUUGCCGACGAAACAAUCAAACAAAGCAAAAUAUUCACGAAGAAAAUUGAAUCAGGUUUAGAAGAAAGCAGAAAUACAAUAAGGGAAUAUCAAAAGUCUGUAACAAGUGGUACAAGCGAAUUACAACAAAGAACAUCAAAUGACAAAGGUGCAAUUUUAUCAUCUGUGCAAGAUUUACAUAAAAUUGUCGCAGAUGCAAGUGUCGAUCAUGUUGAAUUCAUGGAAGAUCAACGUAAUAAGGUACAAAUAAGUUCAACUGAAAUUGGCCGCAAAUUAGAGAAUCAAAGUGUUGAAUUCACCGAAUGGAAUAUUGGAAUAACUACAGAAUUGCGAACAACGCAACAUCAAAUCGAUAAAUUCCUCAUGGAAGAUCUUCGUCGUGAUGUACCAACAGGAACAACACCUAUUCGAAGAGACUUUCACUAUCCUCAAAGAUUAGUAUCAACUUCACCACACGAAAGAAUUAUCAAAAGAUUCAUAGAACGUUCUCGAAGUGCUGGUGAAUCUGACGACGAGGACACAACUAUUAUUGCUGGUAAUUCAUCACCAACGAGAAUUAAUGGUCAAAUUUCGUCCACGCCUAACAGCAUUUCGAAAAUUCAAUUUUGUAACGGGAACAAUGUCGGUUAUCCAAUGGUAAAAGCCGCUUCAGCAUCUGACAUUUCCAUCAUCUCGAGACCCAGCAAUGAACUCAUUAGUCAAUCUGAAUCAGAUUUACCUUUAAAGCAAAAUGAUAAAGAAAAUGAUGAGGAAGAAUUCAUCAAACCAAACAACAACACAAAAAUCAAACGAUUAUCAAAAUUAAAAAGUGUCAGUCGAAGAGUACUUGGAAGUUGCAACUAGAUUCAUCAAUAAAGAAAAGGUUAAUAUCUUUUAUUACUUUGUAUUUUCAAUAGAUGAAAUUGUUUGCCUACUAAAAAGCUUCAUUAUUUUA